GACGGGUUUCUUGGUGUCGCUCUCGCGCUGUUCGCUCUUGCAGCGGAGGGACCGUUCUGUGUGUGCCGCUUAGUCAUGCAUCCGAGGCUGGCAGGCAAAAGAGACAAACAUGGGCGGUUCCGCGCUAGGCCGGAUCCAGCCCAGCGCCACAGUCACGCCGUUCCCCACCCUGGCCUGACUGUCGGACAUGAAGCUCCCAGUCAAGCGUUCCUGCAUGUCCCUGUCCGCCCUGGAGCCAUGCGCUGUCCCCAGUGCUCUCGCACGCCCUCUGCUGCUGCGCCCGUUGCUCAGCACCCGUGUCGCAGCGCAUAUCAUUUGCUGUCCGAGCUCCAGCUUCCUGGCCAUGCCCCACCUAUCAUCGUCCUAGGCGCCGCAACUCACAACGCUCUAUCUGGACUGCUCGUCCAAUUCCAUCCUGGACUGCCCGAUCUCGCCGAUAGCGCUAGCGAUAUCAGGACUUCAAAGCCUGUUCCCCUCAUCGCUUACUUGAACCUGGACAACAUGUCGCUGUCUUCGGAGCAGCUCACCUCCUUCACCAAGGUCAUUGAUUCGAUCUUGGCUGCCAGCGAUCUUACUACCAUAUCGUCGAAACGAAUCCGCCAGGGCCUACAGCAGACUGUGGACUAUGACCUCAAUGACUUCAAGGAUGGAGUGAAGGAGCUCAUCAUGGAGCGGUUUGAUAUUUUCGCAAAUACAAAAGAUGACGAAUCGUCAACCACUUCAGAACAUGUCAUCCCGUCUACCGAGAAAUCCAACGGCCAUAGCACCAACGGUGCAAAAGCUGCCAAUAAUGCAUCGCCUACUCCCUCUUCGACGCCCAGCAGGAAGAGUUCGGCUAAAAGCGAAGACCUAGAGGAGCCCAAGCCCCAGAAACGGCGGACUGGCCCCGAUGUCGAUGAGGACGCUGUUUUUGCGGCAAAACUGCAGGCUGAAGAGAACAAACGCGCUCGGCCGACCCGGGGUGGUGCCACUCGCAAGGCUGCGCCAGCAAAGAAAAAGUCCAAGUCGAAGACUGCCAAGAGGGUAAGGGCAGAAGAUGACUCAGAUCUCGACUCCGGUUCAGAGCCUGACCGGAAAAAAGCAGUCAAUCGUUCUGGUGGUUUCCAUAAACCGCUUAACUUGUCCGGGCCUCUUUCCGAGCUUUUGGGUGGCGAAAUUCAGCUGUCGCGACCACAAACUGUUAAGCGGAUCUGGGAGUACAUCAAAUCGAACGAGCUGCAAGAUCCUACAGAUCGCCGGCAGAUCAGGUGUGACGAUCCCAUGCGACGAGUGUUCAAGCAGGACCGCGUCCACAUGUUCACCAUGACCAAGAUUCUAAACCAAAACCUGUACGACCCGGGCCGCAACGAGGGCCAUUCUAGAGGCGGGCGAGGACGUGGAGGAGGAGGGGGAGGAGGAGCAGGUCGAGGAGGUCGAGGACGCAGAGCACAGGCACCAACGUCCGACGGCGGGGGAGGCGGACAACCACCAGACCGCGACGAUAAGACUGAACCUGGCACCUCCGGUGAUCGCCCGGUCGGAGAUGCCACAAAGACAACAGAGGGCGAAGGCGAAGGCCAAGGCAAGCAAUUGGUUGCUCCGGCCACGGACGAGCCCGACGACGGCGAGGUGUGCUUUAUCUGCGCCUCCAAAGUCGAGCACACGUCUGUUGCGCCGUGUAACCACAGGACUUGCCAUAUCUGUGCGUUGAGGCUGCGGGCAUUGUACAAGACCAAAGCGUGUGCACACUGCCGGUCCGAGUCGCCAUUUGUAAUCUUCACGGACGAUCCGGCAAAACGUUUCGAGGACUUUGCAACUGCAGACCUAGUCCGGACCGACGACAACCUAGGGAUCAAGUACGAAAAGGAUGAAAUAUUCGAGGACACGGUGAUCUUGCUGAGGUACAAUUGCCCGGACCGCGAUUGCGAUACUGCCUGCUUUGGAUGGCCGGAUCUGCACCGUCAUGUCAAGAGCAAACACGGCAAGUCGAUGUGUGACCUCUGCACGAGGAACAAAAAGGUGUUUACCCAUGAGCAUGAAUUGUUCACCAUCGCGCAGCUUCGGAAACACGAGAAAUUCGGCGACGAUAACCCCGGUGCCAUUGACCAAAGCGGGUUCAAGGGACACCCCGAAUGUGAAUUUUGCCAUCAACGCUUCUAUGGAGACGACGAGCUGUACGCACACUGCCGAGACAAGCAUGAACGAUGCCAUAUCUGCGACCGACAGGCGACCAACCGCCGGCAGCAGUAUUUUAUCAACUACGACGCUCUAGAGGAACAUUUCCAAAAGGACCACUUUCUGUGCUUGGACAACGAAUGCCUGGAGAAGAAGUUUGUUGUCUUUGAGACCCAGAUGGAUCUCAAAGGCCACCAGCUGGAAUCUCAUCCCAAUGGGUUAUCCAAGGAUGCUCGGAGAGAUGCCCGUUUGGUAGACAUGUCCACCUUCGACUACCGAUCUCCGUACCAGCCACAACGACAACCACGCAGAGAAGGUCGUGGCGCCGGCAGAGGCCGUGAUCCCAACGCCGAUGCUCUGCCUGUCUCGAGUGCCCAACCCAUGCGAAGAGACGAGCUAGCAUACCAAAGGCAGAUGGCAGUCCAAACGGCACAGUCGGUAUCAACCCGCAGCUUUGGCGGACAGCUCACUCCUCGAGAACCGCCGCCUGUCCGGAAUGUUGCAGCAGCAGGGCCAACGCCUGCCCAAGCAGCUACCGCUGCAGCAAAUACUAGUGCUACUGCUACGAAUAUUCGUUCUCGCGCUCCAGCCGCCCCAGCCGCGCCAACCUCGGCCAUGGAAAACCUCACUCUAGCCAGAGACUCCAACGCAUCUCUCUCACCGCAAGACCAGGCCCGUCGACUGCGACAUGCAGCCGUGGUCGAACGAGCGUCCAACCUUCUUCAAAACGACGCAUCCAAAACCUCUGAAUUCCGCACCAAAGUAUCCAACUACCGGACAUCUCUCAUCUCCGCCACCGAACUCAUCGAUGCGUUUUUCUCUCUGUUCGACACCCCAAGCUCAGAACUCGGCAAACUGAUCAAAGAACUCGCCGACAUCUACGAAGACGACCAGAAAAAGAACGCCCUGCUCAAGGCCUGGAACGACUGGCGCGCCAUCAACGAAGACUACCCUGCCCUCCCAGGACCAAGUGGUAUCCUACCAGGCAUGUCCUCCAGCUCCACCGGCUCCGGCGGCAAACGCGUUCUUCGCCUAAAGUCAUCUACAGCGCAGUCCUCGCGUUCUGCAGUUGGCCGCGCCGGCAGUCUUUCUUCCACUUCUUCCAGCAACCCUUUCCCACCCCUAUCCGCCUCGACAAACACCACAGCUGCCUCUACCACCAACAGUAGUCGCUCCUCUUCUGCCAAUAUACCCACAUGGACCAGCACCCCAGCGACCCGUCCAACAGUCACAACAACGUCAUCAUACUCCCGCCCCGCCCCGCGCCCUCAAUCAGGCCCUCUCCCACGCACAACCGACCGAAACGCAUUCCCGGCGCUGCCCGCUGCUCCCAAACCAAAUACCCUAAUGGCAGGUCUCACGCGCGGCACGGUGCGUUGGGAUGAUACCAAUCGUCGCGGCCCUGCGCCGGCUGCUUGGAACAAUGGCAAUAGUGCCGCGUCUACGCCUGGCGAGGAGUUUGAUGAGUUUGGCUCUUCUUCUGCUGGAGGGAAAAAGGGGAAAGGGAAGAAAGGGAAACAGGUGUUGUUUCAAUUUGGUUAG